CGCGUUGGCAUUGGCACAUUGCGGUUGCGUUACAUUCCCACGCAUAAGAAUCAUAAGAUCCCGUUUCACAAAUUACGAAUUUCGUUUGCAGAUUCUUUGUUUGCUUUCGAUUUCUCAUCCCUUUUAGAGAGAGAGAGAGAGAGAAGGGGAAGGGGAAGGGGAAAGGGGGAGUUGAGUUUCGUGAAGAAGAUGAAGAUCACUGCGUUGCUGGUCUUGAAAUGCCACCCAGAAGGAUCUGAUCCGAUUAUAUUGGCCAACGCCGCUGAUGUGAGUCAUUUCGGUUACUUUCAGAGGCCCAGCGUUAGGGAGUUCAUCUGCUUCGUUGGUCGCACCGUCGCUAAGCGUACCCCUCCUGACCAGCGUCAAUCUGUGCAGCACGAAGAGUAUAAGGUGCAUAGUUACAAUAGAAAUGGUCUUUGUGCUUUGGGAUUUAUGGAUGACCACUACCCGGUUCGAAGUGCAUUCUCUCUGCUUAACCAGGUUAUGGACGAGUACCAAAAAAAUUUUGGUGAAACAUGGAGAACUGCACAAGCAGAUAACUUUCAACCAUGGCCCUAUCUGACUGAAGCUUUAACCAAAUUCCAGGACCCUGCAGAGGCUGAUAAAUUGUUGAAAAUACAGCGGGAGUUGGACGAAACCAAAAUUAUUCUUCAUAAGACGAUUGACAGCGUGCUUGAACGUGGUGAAAAGUUGGACAGUUUGGUCGAGAAGAGUUCUGAUCUCAGUGCAGCAUCCCAGAUGUUCUACAAACAAGCUAAAAAGACCAACCAGUGUUGUACCAUACUGUAAGCUUUUGAUGGCAUCACAUAGAAAGUUGAACCAGAUAAUUGAUGAUUGUAAUAUGAUUAUAUCCUUUACAAUUUGUUUGUUUCGCUGAAUCUUGUGAAUUUUAUCCUCGUUUGUUGUUUAAAAGAUGGGGGAACAAAAUGUUGGGCGUAGAUCCUACUCGUAUAGUAUAUUGACGUCUCAUUUUCUUCA